AUGUUUGCCCGACAGGAUAGAAAAAACAGAAGUCACAUGGAAGUCCUCCAAUAUGGCCGACCUAAUGCAGGAUUGGUGUCUCCAGAAGAAGCUCAGAAAUACCAGAUGGUGCAUAUUGGUCUUGGGGUGUAUAUCCAUUCAGAUCAGUAUUUUGAAGUGAUUCGCAAGAAGAACGAUGGUCAAGCCAUGGUCCGAAUUUUAAUGAACUUUUUUUUUAGUAAAGAUCAGAUGAAAGGAGGUACAUUGUCUGAGCGAGGAUGUGGCAGAAUGCUUGAUCCUUUACUCACUAAAGCCAUUGUCAUGUGGGUCCAAAAGACCCAAGAGAGUAACUGUUCCCCAGUGACGUUACGACAGGCAAUGUAUAGGAAACUUUCCUAUCACAAAUGGAGAGCUAAGAAAGAGCAUGUGCUUCACUCUUUUUCCUUGAAGAACAAUCCCAUCAGUACAGCCACAGUAAAAGAAGAGACUGAUGAAGACAACUUUGUGGAUCCACCAUCAGUUUCUGCAGCAACUUCACAAAAUGCUGUAUCUGUGGCAGCACUGAACAAUUUCAAUGGCCCUGCUCCGCCAUUAACUAGCAGCCCAGUGACAACCAACCUGCAGACUUCUUCCUUCUUCUCCUCCUUCCUAAUUACUAUUUGUGGUUGCAUCACUCCUACUCUUUCCAAAGUUCUUUCUAACCUGUUACUCUUCACUGCAGGAUUAAAAAAGCCUUCAUAA